GUUACCUGCUCCGUCCUCUUUGCUCUUUAUUACCAUUGCCAUAUUAUCCUUUUGUUCUUUUCUACUACUCCAAGUUCUUUUUCUUUUAAUUAAUUUCUCCCUCUUCUUUCUUCUUCAGUCAUCUGACCACCCCUCACAAAGACGACGAAUCCGUCUUCCAGGACCUUCUCGAACACCCAUUUCCUUGGGCCGGCGGCGGUCAUGUGAUUGCCACUUCGGCUUUUGUCAGCGCGAAUAAUAGCCGUCGAUUAUUAUGCUUUCCAUUCUCCCGGCUUUUGUCUGCUGCCACUGCCGCCAUAUACCCUGACACCCUACUUGACUACACGUGAUAUUAUUAUCACGCUGAUCAAGCGGAGUAACCCCGUACAAAACCCCGGACAAAAUGAUAUGAUAAAAGGAUAAUUCAGAGUCUGCUCCGUACAACUACGCGCAAUGUUAGAGAUGGAGUUGCCAACAGAAUUCGUCAUGACUACCGAAUUCCGUCUUGAGAGUUCAGAUCAGACACCUAGGUUAAGGCUAAGGAUCUCGCAUGUGUAUGCGUCCGCACCCAAUUCAGUAACUACGGGGGAAAACGGGGGCCGGUGUGGGCGGCGAUCGACUAGCAUUAAAUAGGCAAUAUUGAGCGCGCCGCGUCGUCGCUGGGCUGAGAUUUACAAGGGACUUGUUGAAUUAAGGCAAUUAUUUGAAUAUUAAAAUAUUUCCAAGCUCAAAUAGUUAAAUAUUAUGAUCUUAUUAUACGAUA